AUGGAUACGAAUGAUUCAUACGAAUUUUCAAGUGAUCACUCUGCUGUGAAUGAUACAUUUCCGGAAAAUGAGCAAAUAAUGACGUACGAAAACAUGAUUCAGCCUUACUCAUAUGAACCGGUUGAAACCGACUUGGGUAGCGACGCCGAAGACGAUUCGCAAGGAACGAGUGCUGAGUCUUCAAUUGAAUCUGGCUCAAAUAGACUUCAAGAUAAGUACUGGUGUACAUGCGGUCAUUGUCAAAUAAUGGACAGACAUGAAGAAUGUAUAUGUUGCAAAGAGAUUGCUGCUUGCAGGGAUAUUAAUGAAGAGUCAGCUGAAUUCGAGGGUAUUGAUGUUCCAGAACGUAUCACUGACAACCCUGUAUUCCAAAAUUUAUGUUUAAAUUACUGGGUAUUGAGAUUGGCGUGGAGUCAAUACAAGCAGCAGUAUGGGAAAAGUGCUUUUGAAGGACCAGAGUAUAAGAGGCAAAGGCAUAAAUAA